CUCCUUCCAUUUCAUCCCGAUUCGUAUCGUUUGAAUCUUUCUUUUUAAUCAAGUUAUCAAUUCUAUCUUAGUUCUAGUUCCUUGCAACUUUUUUUAUGUUAUUAGACUAUAGAGGAGGGUAGAAAAGCAACAAGUCCUCAUAUCUACCCAAGUACCGAGGUAUACACCAAUAGUCGAAUCCGUAUUCAGAGACAUUAUUUGUGUAACGUGAAUACCGCGGAACCGGGGGACCGGUAUCGCUGAAGUCACGAUGACAUCCGCUCGAGUCGAAUCGUCUGGAGGAUCCCCUUUUAAAAAUGGUUCGAGAGAGGAGUCCGGCGAUUCGAAAGAUGCCCCGUCGAUAAACGACUCCACCACGGAGGAGACGCCGCUGCUGCGGUCUGGGUCCGGUUCGGACGUCGUGGGGAGCGUCUCGUCUGUCUCGUCUGAUCCGUCUGAGGAUGGCGAUUCUCCGGAUUUGGAUACCCCGAAUCAGAGGGUCAGUCGCGGUCGCGCUGUGGCUAUUAUCUUGAGUGUUUACCUCUUGAUAUUUCUGCAAGCAACCAAUAUGUCGGGCAUCACGAUGGCGCAGUCGACGAUUGCCGCGGACUUGGACUCGUACGAGAACGCGAUGUGGUUCACGACGGCGUUCCUCGUGGCCAUGUCCUCGUCAACGCCGCUCGUCGGCAAGCUGGCGUCUAUCUUCUCGCCCCGAAGCAUGGUGCUAGUCGCGUCCUCCUUGUUCGCCGUCGGUUGCUUUGUCACCUCGCAGGCUCGCUCUUUCUCAGUCUUCAUCCUCGGUAGGGUGUUGACGGGAAUGGGUGGUGGUGCGGCGAUGGCCUUGGCUAUUGUGCUUAUUCUUGAGCUCACGACUAAGAGGGACAGGGGGCUUUAUGUUGGGUUGAUGAAUGCCGGGUUCACCACUGGUGUCUCGUUAGGCGCUGUCGUCUUUGGUGGGCUCAUUUCUGUCACUGGCUGGAGAGCUCUCUUUUGGGCACAAGUCCCGCUAAGCUUGAUCGCCGGGCUCGCGAUCUACUUCAGUAUCCCGGCUUCUUUCUCCUCGGGCCAUCACUCCAAAGAGGGCUCAUUGGCCUCGAAAUUGAAGCGGAUUGAUUACCCCGGCGCCUUAUUCUUGACCAGCACCGUUGUUCUUUUCCUGUUCGGACUAUCUAACAACAUUCAACCCAUUCCACUGUUCAUCUCGUUGGUAACGCUCGUCAUAUUCGUCCUGAUCGAGUGCUACGUCGCCGCCGAUCCUAUCGUUCCCAUUUCCGUCAUUAAGAACCGCGGCGCCUUACUAAUAUGCCUUUCGCAACUCGGCUUUAUGGCUGCGCGGUGGGCGGUGCUGUUUUAUGCCCCUAUCGCGGCCCUUGCAGUGCGUGGUUUCGCACCGGCUACGAGCGGUAGUAUUCUUAUCCCGACGAAUCUCGGUUUCGGCUCUGGUGGACUGCUUGUCGGUUGGCUACACAUUCGCCGUGCUGGGAGUUUCUGGCUAUCUUGCGUUGUAUCUUUCACCCUUUUCGCCGCGAGUUUGUUCAUGCUGUCUUUAGCAUCAACACCUGACGUCCCGAUCGCCGUAUAUAUCGUCAUAGUGUUCUUCAACGGCCUCUUCACCGGAGCCGCGCUGAACUACACACUAGCCCAUCUUCUGCACCUGACCGCGCCUGAGACACACUACAUAGCUACCAGCUUGCUGGGCACAUUUAGAGGAUUUGCCGGCAGCUUCGGUAGUGCUAUUGGUGGAGGCAUUUUCGCUCGGACUCUGCGCGAGUCGCUAGAAAAAGGGUUCGACGGCAUCGAUGGCUCGGACCGGGACCAUAGCGAGCUUGUCCGGAAGCUAAUCGGAAGUCCGGCACUCGUGUUCAAUGGUGGACUUGGACCCCGAGAACAUGAGGUCGCGGUGCAAGGAUAUGUCGACGCGAUAAGGGUUCUUUUCCAGGCUGCUGUGGUUCUGUCCGUGAUUGUCUUGGUUAUCCAAGCAGGUACUGGAUGGAAGGGACCUGCGGACAAGGUGAAGGAUUCGGAGGAGGUUGGGGAUGGUGGCGUCCAGAGUGAUGGGGCUAGUGGAGACCGGCGGUAAUUGGAUGCGGUUAUAAUUAUAGAAAUUUAGUUCACAUAGACUUAUUUUAGAAAUGGCUGAAUAGGUAGUUUGGUGAAUUGAAGCUGACGGCUUCAGAGUUUAUUUGU